UCUACACUCCUCCCCGAUUGCGACCGACUGUUGUUUAAUGUCGAACGCAUGGAAAGUGUCCGCAUUAACGGAUGUGCUUUCAACUCCUCCCCGUCUGCGACCGGCUCUUCUCGCCGUCGAUGUCGAACAGUUGGCUUCAACAACAGAUGAAAUGACCAACUAUCGGUUUGCCAGGAUAACUUCCCCUUCACUGUAGUCAACCUUACAAUGAAAUCUGGCACUUUGAAAACGAGAUCCUCUUACCUUGACGAACUUUUUUUGAACUUUUCAUGAGACUGAAUUUUGGAUGACAACAGUUUGAGGAAACCAGGGCGCACCAGAAGGACACAUUAUGGCAAUAUGUGGCAGACGGAGUCGGCCCAAGUUCAUUCUGUACGUUCUCGGGGCGUUUGUAGUGGGAUAUUUAGUGUUUCAUAGGAACACACACAGUGACGUCGGACUGGCGAGUCGAAGAGAAGUUACAGUUCAGGAGCCCAAAAAUCUGGACCAGGAAUUCCUGAAGAAACCUGUUUACGAGAAGCCUCCUUUAGACACAAAUGCGUUGGGAGAGAUGGGUAGAGCUGUUAAACUGGACCUGAAUGAAGAAGAGAAGCGAGAGGAGGAGGAGAGCAUCAACAAACACCAGAUAAACACUUAUGUGAGUGAUAGGAUAUCAUUACACCGCAGGCUGCCUGAAAGAUGGAAUCCACUAUGUAGAAACCUGAAGUAUGACUACCUGAGCCUGCCGUCAACAUCAGUAGUGAUAGCUUUUUACAAUGAAGCCUGGUCCACACUACUGCGGACAGUGCACAGUGUCUUGGAAACCUCGCCGGACCUGCUGCUGACUGAAAUCAUACUGGUGGAUGACUACAGUGACCGAGAUCAUUUAAAGGAGCCUCUAGAGAACUACAUCGCCAAUCUCAGAAAGGUGCGUCUGAUCCGUGCAAGAAAGAGAGAGGGUUUGGUGCGAGCACGGCUCCUGGGGGCGUCCAUUGCCACAGGAGAAGUGCUGACCUUCCUCGAUUGCCACUGUGAGUCUCAUGAAGGCUGGUUGGAGCCUUUACUCCAGAGAAUAAAGGAUGAGCCUUCAGCUGUGGUGUGUCCAGUGAUUGAUGUUAUUGACUGGAACACCUUCCAGUACCUGGGCAACCCUGGAGAACCUCAGAUCGGAGGAUUUGAUUGGCGAUUGGUGUUCACGUGGCACACUGUCCCAGAACAUGAACAGAAACGAAGAAGUUCUGCCACUGAUGUCAUCAGGUCUCCUACAAUGGCUGGGGGGUUGUUUGCAGUCAAUAAGAAGUACUUCCAUUACCUGGGCACAUAUGACACAGGAAUGGAGGUGUGGGGUGGAGAGAACCUGGAGUUCUCAUUCAGAAUCUGGCAGUGUGGAGGGAGUCUGGAAAUCCAUCCUUGCUCUCACGUUGGUCACGUCUUUCCGAAGCAAGCGCCAUACUCGAGAAGAAAGGCCUUGGCCAACAGUGUGCGGGCGGCAGAAGUCUGGAUGGACGAAUUCAAAGAAGUGUAUUACCAUCGCAGCCCACAUGCUCGUCUGGAAGCAUAUGGUGAUGUGACGGACAGACGGAAACUCCGAAUGCGUCUCGGCUGUAAAGAUUUUAGGUGGUUCUUGGAGAACAUCUACCCUGACAUUCAAGUCCCAGAGGACAGGCCUGGAAUGUUUGGCAUGCUGAAGAAUAAAGGAAUGGUCAACUACUGCUUUGACUACAACCCACCUGAUGAUCAUAAUAUGGCCGGUCACCGGGUCAUUCUUUACUCCUGUCACGGCAUGGGACAAAACCAGUUCUUUGAGUACUCCACACUCAAAGAGAUCCGUUAUAACACGCGGGACCCUGCAGGCUGCGUCAUGGCUGACCCGGUCUCCACGUUCCUCACCAUGAAUCACUGCAGUAAAACCAGGGAAGCUGUGCCUGAAGACCAGAAGUUUCUGUUCAGAGAGGACGGCUCUUUCUACCAUGUGCAGACGCAGAAGUGUGUUGAGGCAGUACCCCGGACUGACACUGGGAGCCCUGGCCCUGCUCUCCGGCCCUGCUCCGACUCAGACUUCCAGAAGUGGUUCUUUGAAGUGAGAACAUAGUAAAGGUUCUCUCUACACUCUUCACCUGCACUACAGUCAAAGGGCAUGUCAUAUGUGACUUCACACCAGCUUAUCAAGCAUUCCAGUUCCUCCGUUAAGGAUUGAUAGUGCCUUUCAGCUGCACGACUUGCACAGUAGUAUGUUUUAAUGAAUUAACAUAUUCGAUUUGAAAAUUUUGGGAUAGUGUAUUCAAAUUUAUCAUUCAUAAUAGAGUUGUUCAGUUUGUAAUCCUAAAACCCUGAGAAGAGCGUUCCAUUUUCAUGCCAUGAGUGUACUCUAAAAUUUCGAUGUAAAAUAAUGUAUGUGUGCUACAACAUAAUCUGCUGUUCAGAAGUUUGGGGUCAGUAAGAUUUUAUUUUUAAAGAAAAUAUUAUUUUUUUACUAAGAAAGGAUGCAUUAAGUUGACCAUAAGUGACAGUUAAGACAUUAAUAAUGUUAAAAAAGAUUUCUAUUUCAAAUAGAUACUGUGCUUUUGAACUUUGAUUUACCAAAUAAUCAUAUUAAGAAUAUUAGAACGAUUUCUGAAGGAUCAUAUGACAUUGAAUACUGAAUAUUUAACUUUGCCAUAAUAGGAAUAAAUGACAUUUUUAAAUAUAUUAAAAUAGAACAAUUAUUUUCAAUUGUAAUAUUAUUUCACAAAAUUACUGUUUGUUUUUUUAAUGGUGAGAAUAAAAUACUUAUUUUUAAAAAACAUAAACAUUUCUUACAAGCUCCAAAUUUUUUAACAUCAGUGUAUGUUGUAUAACCAAAUGUGAAAGUUUUAAAAUCAGAGACCUUAUUUGGAUCAUAAAUCCAAAACUGGUAUUCUUAAAGCCCACGGGAAGUUCACCAUGAGGAAACACAUGGUGAAUUAGUCUUCCAGGUUGGCCUGCACAUAGACGUCACUGUUAAACAAGAUAUCACUGUAUUUAAGUGCUCACCAUAACCUCUGGGUCUCUCUGUCGCAAUUGACAAUCAUUACCAUGUUACAAGAUGGUCAUUUGAGUUAUUUUAAUCAGUCAGUGCUGCCAGCUCCAUCUGCUGGUGUCUCCUCCUCCCCUGCUAUUCUGCAAAUUAGCUUCUAUUUAUUCAAAAUCUUGACAUAUUUAGCUACUAGCGACUAGCAUUUAUAAAACUCCUCUGUAUUCUGGUUCCUGAUGUAAGUCAGAUUUCGCUUGCACUGGUUGUGUGUGUAUUUCUGGCUGAGUAUUGAGGUUAGGCUCAGAUAAGCAGCAGGUGCUGGCGAUGGCGCUGCUGCCGUUGUCUUUCCAACCACUAGAUGGUGCCAAAUCUAGAAAACUAGAUGGUCCUGCUUUGUCCUCCAUGUUUUAACAUCAGCUCUUAUUUAUAUGUGUGUGAUUUAAUUGGCCCACUAUGCAGUGAUUGAGAUGCUGGAUUACACUUUUUAUACAGCUGUACAGUGAUAAUUACUUACGUCUGAACGCAUAUGGCAGCCUACCUCUAGUCAUUCACCUGCUGUAGGGAAAAGAUUGUGGGACGAAACAGAGCUGGAUGUCACAGCAAAUACUAGAUUGCAGUGGCCAAAUCACUGUUUUUUUUUUUUUAUAUAUAUUUCCCUGAAGUUGUAGAGAAACUGUUUGGGUUUGUUAGUUUGGAGAAUGUGGUGUAUAAACCUUAAAUUCUGGCCGUCUCCGUUCCCUAUGCUGAAUGAUUAUUUCUGUAAGUCCUUUUACAAUGGAUUUAUUUGAUUAACUUAGCUUUCUUGGUUAUUUAUUACUUCAGGAAUUGCUGGUGUCCUUAAAAAUUGAUGGAAUGUCGAAAAUAGGAAGUAGAGUUUUAGUCAGAAAUGACAUUAACUCACCCUCAUGUUGUUCCAAGACUGUACGUUUGAAGAAUGUUUAUGCUGCUAUUUUCCAAAAUGGCAGUUUUGAAAUUUAAAAGUAGUCCAUAAAAGUUUGAAGCUAUAUUCUAUGUAGAAAUCUGGUUUUUUAAGUUGUUAUUGGGUGAAAACCACCAUUCACUUUCAUUCUAUGGAAGAGAGCAGCUUCUAUAAAUAUCUCUUUUUGUGUUCCACAAAGAGAAAUGGUUUUGAAAGACUUAUAGGUGAGCAAAUGAAGACUUUUUAAGACAUUUAACAUGUUUUAAGUGCCUUACACCUUUUUUCAAAGAAGGACAUUUUAUUGCUAAAAUAUUAGUGAAAGGGAAGUUUUCUUGUUUGGUUUAUGUAUAUAUAUAUAUAUAUAUAUAUAUAUAUAUAUAUAUAUAUAUAUAUUUAAUUAAUUUAUAAGGUGAUGGGCCAAUGGAGCAUUAUCAUGGGAAUAAUUAGUUUAAUGAUGUGAUUGGACAGAUGUUUCCAGGGCCUCCAUAGAUAAGAAGAUGAUUGAGAGAUUGAUCAUGUGAUGAUACAAUUUUGAGAACCCGUUAUGUUUGUGAUGGUAGAACUUCAGAAUUGACAGUGGGUUUUCUUUAAGAGGUCAGGAAAGAGGAUAUUCUGUACGGAUGGCAUUAAGUCCUGUUUAGACAACUGUUGCUGUAUGGUCAUUUUAUCCUGGGAAUAUCAAACACAAAGAAUGAUACUUUCACUAUAUAAAUGUGGUUCAAGUUGGUGCAUCAAACAUGCAGAAAAAUGAAUGGCCAAAAAAUUGUGGGGUUGGUUAAAGCAGUAGUUAAUAUGCACUUUUCUUGGAAUAAUUAAUGAUUUUUAAUUUAAUUGUAUUUUAUGUUUAACUUUGCUGAUGGUAGAAUGUUGAAACAAUGUUUUGAAAUGGUAUCAAUGCUGGGAGAAAAUUCAGGUAACAUUAUACUGUGAUGUAAGUGACCUUAACAUCAGAAAUGAAGGUGUUCUUUUUUUUUAUGCAUUAUGGUUAAUAAUGUCUAAUAUCUAACUUAAAGGUGCACUCAGUAUAUGUUCUGUUACGCUACACCAUAUUAUGUAAUUCGAAAAUCAGCAGCAAUUAAUUUAUUAAUGCACAAGCGAUUUUUUUUAAUAGGUGAGUAAGUUAAGACUUUAAGACAUUUCAGUUUCUGAAAUAAGGUUAGUAGUGUUUAACUUGAACCAACCCACUCGCUGUCAGAUAAUACUGCUUUUAUUUGGGUGCUGAUAUGACUGCAGGCUUCAUCUCAUUUUCCAUUUCUUUGUGUGAAAAAAAUUAUUGAGUGCCCCUUUUAAUUGUAAUGACUUUUAUGUCUAGAUCUAAGAAGUUCCUUUAACGUAUAAUUGAUUUCAUGUUUGACUUUUUACACAUUAAAGCCAUUGAAUAACA